UUCUCAAAUCGCCCUCCACAGAUUCCCGACCCAGAAUGCAUUUUGACAACGUCUUUGAAAAAGCAGCGCGGCUAAUUCAAGAUGGCGGAGAUGGACCAGCUGUUAGACGAGAGUUCCUCGGCAGAGGCUCUCGUCAGUCUUAAGGAAGGAAGUUUGUCCAACACUCUAAAUGAAAAGAACAAUUUCCCAAGAACUCACAACACCAGAGGAAGACAUUCCUCCCUCACAAUGGAUACACCAACACGGAGCUCAAAGAGGAGCCGUCUGUUCCGAGAUGAAGAGGAAUCGCCUCAACAGCGUCUCCCUUCCAGAUCCCCUCGUCGGAGCCAGAGGGUCACUAUUACACCGCAGAAAUUUUCAAAUGUUGUCACACCAGACAAAAAGGCAUCCCAGAAAAUAGGGCUGAGACUAAGAAACCUCCUUAAACUUCCCAAAGCUCACAAGUGGUGCAUUUAUGAGUGGUUCUAUUCCAACAUAGACCGACCUCUUUUUGAGGGUGACAAUGAGUUUUGUCUGUGCCUCAAAGAGUCGUUCCCCAAUUUGAAAACAAGAAAACUGACGCGAGUUGAGUGGGGAACAAUCCGACGACUGAUGGGGAAACCUCGAAGGUGUUCUUCAGCAUUUUUUGCUGAGGAGAGAACAGCGCUGAGACAGAAGCGGCAGAAAAUGCGUCUUCUGCAGCAGAGAAAACUGUCCGAUUUGUCAAACUGCAAAGAUCUUCCUGAAGAAAUCCCUUUGCCUCUUAUCAUAGGAACCAAAGUCACCGCUCGACUCCGAGGCAACCACGAUGGCUUGUUCACGGGGCAGAUUGAUGCAGUCGACACAAGCGCGGCCACCUAUCGUGUCACCUUCGACCGCACUGGCCUGGGAACUCACACCGUGCCUGAUUACGAAGUUUUGAGCAACGAACCCAAUGAAACCAUGCCCAUCUCGGCUUUCGCUCAGAAACACCGGUCAGCGCGGUACAUGCAGAACGUCAUGACUCCGCCCAGAGCGACGUAUCCGUCCGUCACGACACCUGUCCACAUGGACAAUGAUCCUCUUAUGAGCCAAUCGCCUUGGAGGAACAAACUGUCGUGUUCUGAGGGAGAAACACUCGGAGGAUUUCCUGUAAAAUUCUUGGUUCAAGUUACCAGAUUGUCCAAAAUCCUGAUGAUAAAGAAAGAGCACAUCAAGCAUUUAAAAGAAAUGAACACGGAGGCAGAAAGGCUGAAGUCGUACUCGAUGCCCAUCGACCUGGACUUUCAAAAGCGAUAUGCCAUCACUGUGCUUGAGCUGGACCAGCUUAACAAAGAUCUGAACAAAGUAUUUCAUGAAGUGCAGCAGUUCUGUUGCGAUCUUUCUCCGGAUCAGGGCAUGGUUCCAGCUGACCAUCCCACAGAGCUGCGGCGGCGUUGUGAAGAGCAAGCCCAGCAGAUGGUGCAGAUGUACAACCCGCAGUGGGACGGACAGCACAUCAUCACAAACCCCGGCCUCACGAGCCUCAUCUCCCGCCUCACUGCUCUGCUCUUACAGAUAAAGUGUCUGGCAGAUGAAGGGGAUCUGAACUCAUUUGAGUUUAAAUCCCUGACAGACUCCCUGAAUGACAUCAAAGCUUCAGUCGAUCCUUCCAACCUCAGUUGCUUUCAGAACAACGUAGAAAUCCACGUUGCUCACAUUCAGAGUGGUUUGAGUCAACUGGGAAAUCUCCACGCAUUCGCUGCAAACAACACCAAUGCAGUCUAAGCACCAGCAUUUUCUCCUGCACGCGCAUGGAGGCGUGCCACCUCACGGUCGGUGCUUCCAUCUAAACGGGAUUUGAUCUCACCGGAGCAACGAUGUUCUCGUUUUUACCCAUCCGUUUUGUUUUAUGGGAAAUGUUUGAGCUCCUGACGCUAAAGACAACACCUCCAACGUGCCAAGCAUUGAUUCCAACAGUUUUUAUUGUUGAUAUUUAUUUAUUUUUGUGUAGUUGUGUAUGUUGAUAAAAAAACUGUUUCUUCCUAUGAAACUUCUGUUGUGUUGGGAAGCAAAAGAAUGUUUAAUGAAAAGUUUAUUGUUGUAGAUAACUGUACAAUAUCUCUAAUUAAUAGAAUAUUAACAUUUCUGCCUCAUAUUCAGAAAAGGCUUUUUGUAAUUUUGUGUGCACUAAAGAGAUUUUGGUAUUUUUGUAAACGAGAUCUCUGGGUUUUUGAUGCCUUUUACUCUUAAGAUGUUAGCAUUACCACAUCUGGCAUGGCUGCUGAUCCCCUCGACCUAAAGCCUGCAUCCCCAUCACCCCCCAGACCCCAAAAAUCUCAAGUUAAUUUUUUUUUUCUUCUUAGGGAACCCCUUUUUUCAGUAUUGUACAGUUGUAUAUGAAAAUGCCUCAGGGCAACUGUAAAUGUUUCCCUCCUUUUUUAUUAAACAUAAUGGUGCAAAAGUC